GAGGAGUUGGCGAGAACAAACUGACUGUAAUGACAGUCCUUUCUGAAUGACACGUAUGAAAGUUUUGAAAAAGCCAAUUCAUAUUCAUUAGUCGGACUUUUUUCCGUAAGGGAUAAGUAGCCUAUAAUUAGAGCUAACUUAAAAAGUAGGGUAUACGAGAAAGUAACUGGUGCGUCCAUUAAAGGCACAGCAUCGCAAGGGGAAAAAAAUAAACAGACGGAUCAUUGUGGCUCUCCUAAACGUUUACGUUACUGAAGAAUCGGAUGGCACAUAGUCUUUACCGUCUACUCAAGAAGAGGAGGAAAAGAUGGGGAAAGGAAUUUGUUCGAGACGACAGAGAAGAAUAUUUCAGUCUUUCCUACUUCUCAUCUUCGUUUGCGGGACGUUGUGCGCCUUCAUGGUCUCAUAUGAGAUGCAUAAAGAGCUGAAAAAGACUGAGGCGACGGCUCUGAAGUACCAGCAGCAUCAAGAGUCACUUUCUGCGCAGCUGCACGUGGUAUAUGAGCAUCAUUCUAAACUAGAGAAAUCCCUCCAGAAAGAGAGACUCGAGCAUAAGAAGGCUGAGGAGGAUUUCCUUGUGUUUAAGCGGGAAUCACAGAAGGCCCUCAACAAAGAAAAGCAAGAUUCAACCUAUCGACUGAAUGCUCUGCAGACAGAGCACCAAAUACUGAAGUCCCAGCAUGAAGACUUAAAGAUGCAAUACUAUGAACUUCAAGAGAAGCACCAGAAUCAAGGGCAGGAUCAUGAACGUGUGCUGGAUGAGCACAGGCUGGAAAUAGACAACCUGCAGAGAGAGAAGGAGGUUGAAAUAUCCAGACUGAAAGAGAAUGUGUACAACCUCCGCGAGGAGAACAGACAGCUGCGGAAAGCUCAUCAGGACAUCUACACACAGUUACUUGAUGUGCAGGAACAGCACAAGAACCUGCAAGCUUCAAAAGAUCAUCUCACACUCACAUUAGAAGACCAUAAAAAUGCACUUGUUGCAGCUCAGGUGGAAGGAUAUGAGGAAAAUGGAAAAGGGUUAUCCCCUCAAGGUGUGUUGGAGAUUGAAAAUAACAAUGUGACCAAAGUGGCAAUGAAGCAGCCUCGGAAAAUUGAUAUUUUUGCUGAGGGAAACGGCAAGAAAGAGGAGAGAAGCACAUCAAAGGAUAGAGGAGGAGAGGAUAAGGGGGGAAAGGCAGUGCUGGAACAUUCCUUAUCAAACCCAGAAGAGCUGGGCAUUAACCCUCGCAACACGCUAAGCCAAAGCCCAGAGAAACAGACACAGACAGAGCCACUUCACAGAACCAAAGUACACUUUGAGGCUUUGGAUACAGUUAUUGCUGGAAAUGCUGUGCAAUCACAUCAUGUUAUGGCUGGACGAGAAGAUGCAAAAGAUGUAGAGGACACUCAAAAGCAUAACAAGGACCUAGGAGAAAAAAACAUGAACAUUGAGAAUGAGGCCAACAACCAGAACGAAGAUGAAUUUGAAGAGGCAGAGGAAGAAACUGAGUACAAGAUCAGGCCUGAAGUGGAUGAGCAGCUUGUGGUGGCAGGCAAUCCAGAGCCGCAAAAGGACCAGCCGGAUGAGCAAUAUGAGGACGAUGUAGAGGAUGAGACUCUUGAUGACUCAGUGCAUGACAGACAGAAGAGAGCAGAGGAUGAAGAGAGAGAAGAAGAUCCCUACAGUGAACGUAAUGGAGCACGGGUCAGCCAAAUGCUUAAGAAGUCUUUUCCUAUCAAUCAAUUAGGCCUUAAUAACUGAAUGAAAACCCAGAAGCAGAAACCGAUGCCAAGCAGGAGAGCUUCCAAGAAACAGUGAUAAAAAGAAGAUGAAGAAGACCUUAAGGAAAGCAAUCAAAAGCAUGAGAUAUGAACAUGACUGCUUCUAGUGUCUACUGAAUGGCUCUCCACUGGCAGAAAACUGAAGUGCAACAACUGUGAGCACUUUUUUUUUUAUUAAAGUGACUACUUGUGCAAGUGCCUUGUACUUUCAAGUACAAGGAUUUGUUCAGCAUUUAAAAAUAAUCAAAGCAUUGUAUCUUCUUGAUCUUACUAAGGCGAUAUGAACUGGCACCCUGGUGAAUAAAAACUAAAGUAAACAGUCCUUAUGUCAGAAUAUUUAAAUGAU